AUGGCCCCCAACCAUGCACCGGGCACAUACGUGGUGGUGGAGGAGCCGCGAGUUCUGGCUCAAUGUCGACGUCCAUUGCGUCGUCCGCGGGCUCCAUUACCUCGUCCGCGUACAGGUUUGAAGCGGCCGGUCCGGCAAGAAUCCAGGCCGGGAGCGGUGCCGCCGCCGGCAUGGCCGGUUCAGGCGAAGCACCAGAAGGCCCGGCACCAAAGUGAGCACCAAGGCCUUGGGCGCCCUGUCCAAGCCUUGGUCCAUGGCGACGCCGUCCAUAGAGACGGAAACCAGCCCGGCAGCCUCGGAACCGACGAAGAUCACGGGUGUUGCGGUUGUGGCGGCGUAGCCCGCCCACACCAUGGCGGCGACGACGGCUCUGACGACGUCAACCGCCGUCACGAACAAGGUGCUCGAACAAGGACAGAAGACCACGAGGCAUCUCUCACCUUUCCCUUUCUUCCUGUCUCAAUCCUUUCCCGGCGAUUGUCGUCAGCGUAA